CUAUCACCCCGAAUGAGAGACUGCCGCCUCACCUCCCUCGUGCUGCUCCUCUUGCCAUCACCAACUCUUUCUUCAUUUGUGUAUCCAUCCGACUUUCUCUGGAUUCACCAACCCACCCAACAAUUUCUUCUCCCGCUCAAUCUGUGAGUUUGUAAGCUCUGGGUGGUUCACACAACAGCCAGUCUACUCUAGGCUUUGCUGUUUGGGCUGGCGCCACCGGCUUCAAUUGCCGGUAUGGGUUUGCCCAGCGAUGACGCCGUAGUCAUACAGAAAGGGAAGGUACCGGGCGACCCUUACGUCAUCACCGUGAAUUGUCACGAUAAGACCGGCCUCGGCUGCGAUAUUUGCCGCACAAUCCUCGACUUUGGACUCUGUAUCUGCAAAGGAGAUAUUACAACCGAUGGGAGAUGGUGCUACAUAGUAUUAUGGGUAAUUCCUCAUGCAAGAUCACCGGCUGUGAGAUGGCCAAAUUUGAAAGAGCGCCUUUUGUCUGUCUGCCCAUCAUGCUCGGUUUCGUUUUACUUGAACCAGCCAUCUUCGCACAGUACACCUUCUCCAGUGUAUCUAUUGAAAUAUUGCGGCCUUGAUCGAAAAGGGGUACUGCAUGAUGUCACUCAAGUUUUGUGCUAUCUCGAACUUACAAUUCAGAGAGUAAAAGUGACUACGACACCAGAUGGUCGUAUUUUGGACCUCUUCUUCAUAACAGACAACUUGGAGCUCUUACACAAGAAAGAAAGGCAAGAUGAAACAUGUGCCCAACUACAAGCUGUUUUAGGUGAAUCAUGCUUUAGUUGUGAACUUCAGUUGGCAGGGUCUGAAUAUGACAACCUUCAGAGCAUAUCUUCCCUUUCUCCUGCUGUUGCUGAAGAAUUGUUUAGAUAUGUGUUGUCAGACAAGGAGAUUCGCGCACAAGCUCUAAGCUCAGAUGUUACAAAGUUGAAAAAGUCGAGUGUAAUAGUCGAUAACUCCUUGAGUCCGGCUCAUACAUUGCUUCAGAUUAACUGUGUUGAUCACAAGGGUUUUCUUUAUGAUAUACUGCGGACACUGAAAGAUUAUGGUAUACAGAUAUCUUUUGGCCGAUUCUCUCUUGUUAAUAAUGGUCAUCGGGAGUUAGACCUCUUUAUCCGACAGAAGGACGGGAAAAAGAUUCUGGAUCCUGAGAAGCAGGAGUCUUUAUGUUCUCGCUUGAAGGUGGAAAUGCUUCACCCAUUGCGCGUAAUUAUCACAAACCGUGGACCAGAUACUGAACUUUUGGUUGCCAACCCUGUUGAGUUAUCUGGAAAGGGCAGACCGCGGGUGUUCUAUGAUGUCACGCAUGCACUUAAGACUCUUGGGAUAUGCAUCUUCUUGGCUGAAAUUGGAAGGCAUUUAACAGCUGAUCGUGAAUGGGAGGUGUACAGGUUCCUUUUAGAUGAAAACUGCAGAUUCCAAUUAUCAAAUAUGGUUGUAAGGAAUCAGAUUGUAGACAAGGUUAGAAGAACGUUAAUGGGCUGGUGAGCUUUCUGUUUGUUUUCAUUUGGCUCACCAAUGUGGUUUCCCUUCCUCUAGUUUUGCACCCAAGGAGAUCAGGAACUCAUUUGUACAGCUUCUUUCUUCUGAUAAUUCUUGUUUAUUCUGGAGGUUGUUUAGAAUUUAGAUGCGAUUAUUCUGUAACAUGUUCUUUUCCAGUAAGAAAGUCUUCCUUUUCUUUUA